AUGAGCGAAUCAAAAAAAUAUAAAUGGAACCCCGUUAGAUGUCUAGUUUGCUGGAUUAUGUUGUAUCUUAUUUUAUGGACUAAUUUUUUAGAUGGGUUAAAUAAGUUCAAUCCAAUUAUUAAAGAAGAAGGAUAUUUAUAUUUAAAAGUAGCAUAUAAUUGUGAAUAUAGCGGUUUGAUAGGAUUAGAAAAUAAUUAUAUAUUGCACUAUUGUUUUUUUGUUAGUAAUGCAACAAAUGGAUUAUCACUUACAACAUUUAACACAUUAAAAUUAAAAUGGGAUAUACCAAAAGAGGUUCUAUUAUUUAAGAAUGAUAAUAUACAAGGAUAUUCUUUUAUCACAGAUUUUAUAUCAAACAAUUUAAUAUUAAUUUAUGAUAUAAAUAAUAUAACAAAGGUAACUGUAUUUAACAAUUAUAUCGAACCAUCUAUUAUAUCAAAUAAAAUAACUGUAAAUUAUAAAAUGGUGCAUAAAUUUAAUAUAAUUUCAAAAGUUACUUAUUUUUAUAAAAAUAAAAAAUCAUUAUUUAUGUGUGGAAUGAAUAAUAAUGGAAAUAUCAUUUGUUCUUUUUCAUUCGAUUAUGGUUUAACAAUGACAGAUGAAAAUUUGGUUGAGUUUAUUUUAAAAGAUUCUAUUCCAAUAAUUCAAUAUAAGAUAGAUGUAAAAUUUAAAAAACACUAUGUUUAUUUUAAUUUACGAGAAGAAAAAAAAGAAAUAAGUUUUUAUGAAUUUAAAUGUUUUCAAGAUACAGAAAACUCAUAUACUUGUGAUCUUUUAAAUAUAAUUUCAGCAAACUUGCAAAAUAUUAAAUAUAAAUAUAUACUUCGUACAAAAGAUUCACAAAUAGUUUCAUAUCAAAAAGGAAAUAUAUGUUACAUUGGAUGGUCCUUUAAUUCGUUAAAUAUAAAUACAGAGAUAGAUAAACAAAUUUCUGAUACAGAAUGUUUUAACGUCUCUAUUGUUCAAAUGAAUGAAAAUCUCUUAGCCACUUUCAAAAAAAAUAUAAAUCCAGAUGAUAAAACAGGGAAUGAAUACUACGCAUUAUUCGAGAAACUAACUCCUAAGGAAAGUGGAUGCGAACUCCGAUUAGAUGCAGGAAGUCUUUAUGUUACAAACAUUUUUAUGGAAAAUACAUGUAAAUUAUGGAUAGAAGAUUUAGAUUCAAAAAGAGAAGAUGAUGGUGAAGUAAGUUUUAGUAUUGUAGUUCCUGAAUCAUUUAAUAUAAUAAAAAAUAAAUGUUUUGAAAGUAACAAUAAUACAAAUAACUCAAUUUAUUAUCUUAAAAAAUAUGAAGAAGAAAAUAAUAUAAAAGUAUAUAUAUUCACACUUUAUAAACAUAUAUUAAUACAAGAAAUUGAUCAAAGUAAUAAAUGUAUAUUUGAAAAUAAUAUAAAUAAAGAAAAAAUAUAUGUUGUAUUAACUAUGGAAAAUUAUUAUAAAAAUUAUAGUUGUGAUAUUGAAGUUGAAAAUUGUGACCUUUUUAUUUAUGAUCAAAGCAAAAUAACAAUAAAUUAUAAUAAAAAUUGGAUAGUAGAUGAAGAAAUAAAACAAUCUAACAUACUUUAUAAUGACGUAUAUGUAUCUUUAUAUAAUAUAUUAAGUCAAACUAAUGCUAACAAUUUAAUAGAAUUAAAUAACGACAGCAUUAUACUAACUAUCCCAUCACUCAUACCUAGUACAAGAACGAUAAAAAUUCCAUUUUUUAGAAAAAUUGGUGGAAAUGAUGAAAUAAAUGAAUAUGACGAUGAUGAUGAAAAAGGUAAUCAUGAAAUAAUACGAAGUAAUGGAAAAUAUGGUAAAGUUCCAAAUAAUGAAACUCGAUAUGUUUAUAUACGAUUGCAAAAAACUUAUAGACCUAUUAAAAAAGUAUUGGGAAUAAAUUUUUCAGAUACUUUUGAUAUAUAUUAUAAAUAUUACAAAUUUUAUAAAGAAAAUAUUAAAUUUUUAGUAAAUGAUUUUUCAGAAACGAAUUACAUUGGUAUGAUAUGUCAAACAAAUAAAGAAACAGAUGUAAAACCGUGUAGUUUUACUUUUAUAAAUGAUCCGAAUCAAAAUACAUCUAUACCAAUUUCAUCUUACAUGAAAAACCCACCUUUUUUAUCCUAUUUUAAUAAAAAUAAAAUACAACACCAAAACAGUAUUGAGUAUGUAAGUGAAACCCGUUUUAUUUUUCCGAAAAAUUUUAAUGAAACAUUACAAGAAAAAGGAAUCAAAGAUAUACAUUUUAGAUGCAUUUGUUCUACCCAGAAUGGGAAAAAUGAUGAUGACACUCAUCAUGAAAUACAAUAUUUUAUAACCACUGGAAAUAUAUCAAAUGAUGAUAUGCUUGAAAUUCCUAGACAUAUUACAAAUAAUACUUCUUCUACACCCAAUCUAGGUUCAAGAAUAAACAAUAUAAAUCGUAAAUUAUCAAAAAGAAAUAAUUAUUUACCUAAUAAUAUGAAUGACGAAGAUACAAAACAUCAUUAUGAUACUGAUUCAGUUACUCAAUUCGAAUUUAAUUUUGUCCAGGUUUUUAUAGGUAUAACUAUAUUCCAUAUUUUGAUAUGCUUUUUAUAG